GAACUUCCACCGUGAUGUCCUCUGACACAAUAUGUGGCUGUGUGUGAAUGUGUUGUAACUGUGUGUGUGUGUGUGAUUGCGUGUGUGUGUACAUGUGUAUACAUACAUGUACCUGCAACACUAUGGCUCUAAACCGAGUGUCUCAACUCUGCCACGAUAUCACCAGGCUGUGGCUGCAGCUGAAGAUGAUGACAGAUGACAUCCUGCAGAGGGAGGAUGUUCCUCUGUGUGCUGCAGAAAUUGGCUCUGAGCUCCAGAAACAGUUUGCCAUCCUGCCCGGGGGCCGUGGGAUGAACGGCAACCCCAUCAUUGUCUUCCCAGAAUUCCCAGCUUUCAGCGAGUUGGAGGAGGAGGAGGUCCAAAAUGUUCUCAGCUACCUCACCAGCAUCCCAAGUGCUGCAGCAUCUGGAGUGGGUUUCAUCCUGGUCAUCGACAGACGACUGGACCGAUGGGCCACCGUCAGGGCUACCCUGCUCCGCAUCGCAGGAUCAUUUCCAGGGAACUUACACUUGGUUCUGGUGUUGCGUCCCACUGCUUUUUUCCAGCGGACUCUGUCAGACUUCCUGUUCAUGUUCAACAAGGAUGAGUUCAGAAUGAAGGUGGUGAUGCUGAGUUCGGUGACUGAGCUCCACGCUUAUAUCGACCCGGGACAACUGACCACAGAGCUGGGAGGCACACAGGAAUACUGCCAUGACAGCUGGAUCUCACACCGCACUGCCAUCGAGGCAUUCGCCCUCAUGGUGAAGACCACGGCUCAGACUCUGCAGGGGUUUGGCACAGAGCUGGCAGAGACAGAAUUACCCAACGAUGCUGACGCCACCACCAACCUGCUGCACACACACAUGCUGAAGAAGGAUAAAAUGAAGGAGGACCUGCAGGUGGCGCUGUCUCAGGGGGGACGCCUGUUGGACUGUAUCAAUGAGCCUCUACAGACAGACCCUGAAUACAACAUGACCCAUGAUGAACAGGAAAACUUAGCGACUGUUCAGAGACUCCUGGGUCAGCUGAACGAAACAGAGGCAGCGUUUGAUGAUUUCUGGGAGCGUCACCACACAAAGCUGGAGCAGUGUUUGCAGCUACGUCAUUUCGAACAGCACUUCCGUGAAGUGCGUGCCCAGCUCGAUGUCACAUCAGAGAGGCUGUCAGGUUUCUCUGAGGUCAGCGUGAGCCCCGCCCAUGCCGAGCACGUCCUCCGAGAGCUCAGCAGCCACGAGGACAAGGCCUGUGACGUACUGGACCAAGCCUUGUCCCUCGCCUGUGAAGGUGACAGGCUGAUAGAAAACUCGCACUAUGCCGAGGACUCCAUCAGGCCGAAGUGCAGCGAGCUGAGGGGAGUGUGUGAGGAGCUCAGCUCCACUCUGAGGAGCAAGAAGAACUUCCUGCUCAGGGCGAUGGAGCUCCACCACGCUCUGGAGAAGGCAUCACGGUGGUGUGAGGAGGGCAUCUUCCUGUUGGCCAGCCAGCCAGUGGACCGCUGUCAGUCUCAGGAUGGAGCUGAAGCAGCUCUGCAAGAACUGGAGCGAUACCUGGACACUGCACCGCUGCACACCCUCGCUGACCGCAGUGCCAUCUGCUGCCAGUACGAGGCAGUGCUCUCCACUCAGCUCAGGGACCAGAUAGAGCGAGUUUUCCAGAAGCAAAGCUCUGUCCAGGAGAUGUUCGAGAAGAGACGCGUCAGCUUGAAGAAACUUGCCGCCAAACAGACCAGACCAGUCCAGCCAGUAGCACCAAGACCUGAAGUGAAGUCCCCGCACUCCUCUCCCAAUCAACAGAGGAAAGAGAGGAGGUACUCAGCAGAUAAUGCCAACUGCAAAAAGGUGGAGUCUCCCAUACAUAACGGUGGCACCAGACAUGCUUCUCUCUCAGAAGAAGAGGAAAACCUGGCAGUACUUCGGCGUCACGUGAUGAAUGAACUGCUGGAGACAGAGCGGGCGUAUGUGGAGGAGCUGCUCUGCGUGCUGGAGGGCUACGCGGCAGAGAUGGACAACCCGGCCAUGGCUCACCUCAUCCCCAGCACCCUGCUCAGCAAGAAAGACAUCCUGUUUGGCAACAUGUCUGAAAUCUACCAGUUUCAUAAGAGGACGUUUCUAAAGGAACUGGAAGCGUACACUGACUGCCCAGAACUGGUGGGCCGCUGCUUUUUAGAACGGAUGAAGGACCUGCAGAUCUACGAGGCUUACUGCCAGAAUAAACCUCGCUCUGAGAGCUUGUGGAGACAGUGCUCCGACUGUGCCUUCUUCCAGGAGUGCCAGAAGAAGCUGGAACAUAAACUUGGUUUGGACUCCUACCUCCUUAAACCCGUCCAGAGAAUCACCAAGUACCAGCUACUGCUUAAGGAGCUGUUGAAGUACAGUAAAGGCUGUGAAGGCUGUGAUGACCUACAGGAAGCUCUCUCCUCUAUUCUGGGGAUCCUGAAAGCUGUUAAUGACUCCAUGCACCUCAUCGCCAUCACAGGAUACGAGGGUAAUCUGUCAGAGCUGGGUCGUCUGCUGAUGCAAGGCUCCUUCAGCGUGUGGACAGAGCAUAAGAAAGGUCACGCCAAGGUCAAGGACCUGGCCCGGUUCAAGCCCAUGCAGAGGCACCUGUUCCUACAUGAGAAGGCCCUGCUCUUCUGUAAGAGGAGAGAGGAGAACGGGGAGGGCUACGAGAAAGCUCCAUCUUACAGCUUCAAACACUCGCUCAGCAUGAGUGCAGUGGGCAUAACAGAGAACGCAAAAGGAGACAACAAGAAGUUUGAGAUUUGGUGCAACUCAAGGGAAGAAGUUUUUAUAGUCCAGGCUCCAACGCCAGAGAUUAAAACAUCAUGGGUGAAUGAGAUCCGCAAAGUCCUGACCCAGCAGCUCAAAGCCUGCAGAGAUGCCAGUCAGCAGAAGAACGUAGACUCUGUUUCCCCGAGUCCAAACAGCAACAACACCUCCAUCUCACUCAGUCCCUUCCGCAGCAGUGGUCAGAAGAACCAGAAGAAACAAGAGGAGAAGAAGGCCGAGCCGAGCCCGACCUCCGACGCCAACUCCUCUUCCUCACCGAAACACAAAGAUGAACCAGUGACCAGUCCGACCACUGACAGAUCCUCAGUGGCUAAAAAGCGUUUUACUUUGCAGGGCUUCAGCAAUCUGAAGAGUCCAAAAGGCUCGGCCCUGAGCCCCGAACACAGCUCCAAACGCCACUCGGUCAAGAGUGACCCCACACCAUUUGGGUUCAAAGACCCGGCUGCCCAUGCCACUCUGAGCAGAGUCAGAUGGAUGAGUACCUCUAGUCUGUUACAGAGCAAGCGCAGAGGCUGGAGCAAGGCGUCUCUCUCCGUGGAUGCCUCAGAGGAGAAUGACGGGUACUCCAGCGGCGAGGACCCCAUGAACUCUGACCCUGAGGAUGAAGGAGGAAAGAAGCUGGCUCCAGGAAAGUACACCGUGGUAGCAGACUGCGAGAAGGCGGGACCUCAGGAACUGUCUGUCAAGAGUGGAGAUGUGGUCCAGUUAAUCAGAGAGGGAGAGGACGGACAGUGGUUUGUGAGGAACCUUCGCAGCAGUAAGGAGGGUUGGGUGGCAGCAGCAAACCUCCUCAGCCUCAUCUCAGAGUCUAAGUCGUCCCAGUCACUGAGCAGCUCAGAUGGCAGCGUCUCUGGGAACCUCAGCACUUCCUCCAGCUGCAGUGAGACCUACACCAGCUUUUCUGACAUCAAACCCUGACCUGAGAUCACUGUCCCCGCUCCGUCCUUCCACCUAAAACCACAUCCAGGUUGAAUUACAAAGCCUGAAGCCGACUCUGACGGGAGAACAGGAUCUCAGUGUCCUUUCUUUUUUUAACCACGCAGACACGCACGCCUCACAGUUUGUCGGAUCCAACCAAAAAACAAAAACUAUCACUGUUUCUGCAAAUCUUCCCAGAGUUUUUCGCUGAGUGUUGACAACACCCGGUUUUCCUGAGUAUUUACAGUCACUAGUCUCUAACUGCAAACGAAACUUAGCUCAUUUCCACUCAGCAGUAUUAUACUUUCAUUAGAUUUUUUUUUCACCUUAAAAAAUAUCUGCAUGUUGAUAGAAUAGUUCAUUCCAGUGACAUAAAACUCAGACAAUUAAAACAUCAGGAAAAAAUGGCUCCACAGCAUACAUGAUAAAAGUCAUGUGACCAAUCACUUCCUGUUGGGCCUUUUUUAAAAAACAUCACAAAAACCCUUGUGAUUAUGUAGCAUUGAAAGAGACAAUUGUUGAAUAUCUGCACUAAAUAUGAGGCGUCAACCUCGUCCGACCCCUUCAAGUCGACGGCAUCACAGCAUAGCGACAGAUUCUUGUGUGAAACGUCCACAGGUACCAUCAGACUGGUAUUUCACAUGACACAUCGGCUUUAGUGUCAGACAUUAAUUGCACACUGUGAAAAGUGGCAGCUGGCUGCAACAAGAAAAAAAUGCUUUCAGUGCAUCUUGGAGCAUCACUGAGCAGGUCGAAUGUUCAGGGCACGUUACUGUAAGUGUUGUAAACUUUUUUUUUUUUUUUUUUGGGAUGUGGGAUACAAAAUAUAUACCGCCGACCGCUGGGGUCAGAAUGCUGUAUUCAUCCCACAUGUUUAAUAAGAGCUUCCCUUAAUCCUUGCUUUAUGGUAUUAAUCACAAUUUAAGGAACACAGAUGUGUCACCAGGUGAAUGUCACCAACAGCACGACCUGGUGGUCACAUGUCUUGCACUUCUCCAGCUACACAUACAAAUCCCUUACAAAGCGAGCGGCAGCUUGAAACAACUUUUACACUUCUCUCUGUUUUUUCUUUUUUUGUUUUUUUUUGUUUUGUUUUGUUUUUUAAGAGGGAUUGUCUGUCUCGCCUCUGAACUGCUCUGGAUUUACCUCUCAGGAAGCCCCGAGACGUUGCGUGGGCAGGCAGGUGUGACUACAUACCUGCUUGUGUCAACUAAAUGUCUUUGUGUGUGCAUUCUUGCACAUGUGUGUUGUUCAGUGCAAAUCAAACAUGCUUGUAUCACAAAUCCCCAGAAAGGCUCUUAAAUCACAAGAUGUCAGUCGAAUCUUUUGCCCAGGAGCCAAUCAGUGGUUCCCCACAAGCCGAGCCUGAGAAACCCUGCACAUAAACCUCAACACUCUGCAUAUAUAUCCUGUUUUUGUGUCAUGGCCGCCCUGCUCACCUAUCUUUGGUCUGCACUGCAGCAACAAAAGCAGGCUUUGUCCCUUCCCUCUGCUCCCAGCCCCACAGAGGCAUGUGACAGUAGCCACUACUCCACAAGCAGGGCUAACCAGGGCCCAGACCUGCUCGACAUGUUUGCGCCACCAGCCCAAGAGCAAUAUUUGUUUACUUGACACCAAAAUGUAGCCGAGGAAACGUCAUGGUGGAGUAACAAGGUGCAGAAAAAAAACAAACGUAUGACAGCGCACAGCGGGGGUGGUGAGUAAGCCAAGCCCUGAUUGGCCCUGAUUGGCCUCAUCGUGGAAAUGAGGAUGCUGAUACGGGCUGAUAGCACACCUCCUCACUGUCUUUCAAACAUGGUUUUUAUAUCCUGAGAUUUCCACUGUAUCAACACAGUGCACUGCAAAACAAUCUCCUCCUUCUUCCAUCCCUGAUGCUGAAUGUCUGACAGUAAGACACCGAGUGCAACACGCUGCUGCACCAAAACCAGCCGCACCCAUGUAUUACUAAGAAUGAGCUGUAUUUGUCAACUGGCCUAACAAAGCCAUGUCUAACACCACUGUGGCUUUGUUAAAUCCAGCUCUAGCGAUGAUUAAUGCUCUUAAUUAUUUUCUUAAGCUGUCCUUGUUGAGAGCCACUUUAAAGCUUUUUUUUUUACUCAGAUCACAAAAAUGCAUGUCGUCCCUGUGAAAGGAAAGGUUCUUCUCCAGAAAAAGGAAGUUUACACAUCUCUUGGUGUCAAACUGUGAGCUAAACCAGAGAGUAAACUGUGGCUGGCAUUAUGUGUUGAUCCUUGUAAGACUGAAAAAUGUAUGUUACACUUGUACAGCUGUGUCCUCUCUAUACCUCACACUGUUUUCCUCGAGAGCAUGUAUAUUGUGAAGAGGGCCAUGGUUUUUGUGAGUCUCUUUGUCUCUCUGUGUGUCAUCACUCUUUGUGGCAUGUUCUUCAUGAGCCCCAGUGUAAAAAUCUAAAGUAUUUUUUACCAGGCGCUGUUGUAUAUUGUGAGAGUUUAUUUUCUGCCCUCUAACGAAAGCUGACACGGGCACUAAACUUGUCAGUGUUUGAUCAUGAUCACACAAUAAAGCUUAUUGAAUCAUUUGUACUUUUUACUGGGAGGGUGGAGAGAUGAGAAGGGUUAUAUUUUUUAGUUUCUUUUUAUGCAGCACAUUGCAGCAACCACUGUCUUUAUUUUCCUAUUGUAUAUCUACUGAGUAUGGUGUUGAUAUAAAGAUAUUAUAAUGAGACAUAUCUGUGUAUAUUUGUAAAUAUGUAAUUCUGAAUUGUAUGUAAAAUGAAAAGCAGCUUUAAUAAAGUCCGACAUGGUUUCCUCUA